CCGGAAAGCCCUAGCCGGCACGCUUCUCGUUUAUAAAGAAUGAGGUUACUGAGGCUCUCUGUUGCCCUAAAUCUCCUCGUUGCUUUACUGUUGGUCCUCUUACCUCUCUCCGUUUCCUUGUGUUGCGGCUAGGGUUCUUCAGCAACUCUGUCUUGGACUUCUAAGCCUCAAUAAUGGGUAAGGAGAAGUUUCACAUCAACAUUGUGGUCAUUGGCCAUGUCGACUCUGGAAAGUCAACAACCACUGGCCAUCUUAUCUACAAGCUAGGAGGCAUUGACAAGCGUGUUAUUGAGAGAUUUGAGAAGGAAGCUGCUGAGAUGAACAAGAGGUCGUUCAAGUAUGCCUGGGUGUUGGACAAGCUCAAGGCUGAGCGCGAACGUGGUAUCACCAUUGACAUUGCCUUGUGGAAGUUUGAGACUACAAAGUACUAUUGCACGGUGAUUGAUGCCCCCGGACAUCGUGACUUCAUCAAGAACAUGAUCACUGGCACCUCCCAGGCGGACUGUGCAGUCCUCAUUAUUGAUUCUACCACUGGUGGUUUUGAAGCUGGUAUUUCCAAGGAUGGUCAGACCCGUGAACAUGCGUUGCUUGCUUUCACCCUUGGUGUCAGGCAAAUGAUAUGCUGCUGCAACAAGAUGGAUGCGACAACUCCAAAGUAUUCCAAGGCAAGGUAUGAUGAAAUUGUGAAGGAAGUCUCUUCCUACAUGAAGAAGGUAGGAUACAACCCUGAUAAGAUCCCAUUUGUCCCCAUCUCUGGUUUUGAAGGAGACAACAUGAUUGAGAGAUCUACAAACCUGGACUGGUACAAGGGGCCAACCCUCCUCGAGGCGCUUGACAUGAUCCAUGAACCCAAGAGGCCCUCCGACAAGCCACUCCGUCUCCCACUCCAGGACGUGUACAAAAUUGGUGGCAUUGGAACUGUGCCAGUGGGGCGUGUGGAGACUGGUGUUCUGAAGCCUGGCAUGGUGGUGACCUUCGGACCCUCUGGACUGACAACUGAAGUUAAGUCUGUGGAGAUGCACCAUGAAGCUCUCCAGGAGGCCCUGCCGGGUGACAAUGUCGGCUUCAACGUGAAGAACGUGGCCGUGAAGGAUCUGAAGCGUGGGUUUGUGGCUUCAAACUCAAAGGAUGAUCCUGCCAAGGGGGCUGCUAGCUUUACGUCUCAGGUUAUCAUUAUGAACCACCCUGGCCAGAUUGGAAACGGUUAUGCACCAGUUCUUGACUGCCACACCUCUCAUAUUGCUGUCAAGUUUGCGGAGCUGCUGACCAAGAUUGACAGGCGAUCUGGCAAGGAGCUUGAGAAGGAGCCUAAAUUCUUGAAAAAUGGGGAUGCCGGUCUUGUGAAGAUGAUCCCGACCAAGCCCAUGGUGGUGGAAACAUUCUCCGAAUAUCCCCCUCUUGGACGGUUCGCUGUUAGGGACAUGAGGCAGACCGUGGCCGUUGGUGUGAUCAAGAGUGUUGACAAGAAGGAUCCUACUGGAGCCAAGGUCACCAAGGCUGCUGCAAAGAAGGGUGCCAAGUGAACCGUGCAGGGUUUGGUUGCUUCCGCAAAUGGAGUUUACUAUUAUUAUACAAAUAAAUUGUGUCUUAAAAGCUCGGUAUUUCAUUAUAUUGCCUUAGUUAGGCUGUCGUGUUUUUUGUGUUGCAGUUUUAUUCCUUCUUGGUCUUGCAGCCAAUCCCAGAAUUGGGUGCUUGAUCGGCGGUGGCGGAACCUAUUUCACGACUCCCUGGUAUUUUUGGUGCAUGUCUUUUACUAGGUUUUAUUUUGAGGUUCUUUGGUUUCCUGAAGAAUCUUAAAACAAAUUUUUGUGCCUUUUCUUAAAGGAGUCUUUAUUGCCAUAUUGAAUUGUUGGGUUCUUGCGAAAUUUAUCUGCUGCAUUUGCAGGUUUUGUUU